UUACAGCUGUGCUUUCCCAUUCGUGUUUCGUGUUGCUGUUCUAAUUAACGUCAGAGUCAAAUUUCAUUCGAAUAAAAUGUCCUACGGCGGCGGCUAUAAUCCCUAUGCACAGCCUGGCGGUGGCUAUGCUGCUCCUCCAGGCGCAUUUCCGCCACAGAAUGCCCAAGUUUCGCCACAAGCUCAGCAAUGGUUCGCCAUGGUGGACAGGGACCGCUCUGGCAAGAUUAACGCCUCCGAGCUGCAGGCUGCCUUGAUCAAUGGGCGUGGCGAGAAAUUCUCGGACAACGCAUGCAAAUUAAUGAUAAGCAUGUUCGACAAUGACGCCAGCGGCACCAUCGAUAUUUACGAGUUCGAGAAGCUUUACAACUACAUCAAUCAAUGGCUGCAGGUCUUCAAGACCUACGACCAGGAUGGCUCCGGUCACAUUGAGGAGAGCGAGCUCACACAAGCAUUUACUCAAAUGGGCUUUCGCUUCACGCCGGAGUUCAUAAACUUUCUGGUAAAGAAGAGUGAUCCUCAAAAUCACAAGGAAGUAUCCGUGGACCAGUUUAUUGUGCUGUGCGUGCAGGUUCAACGCUUCACGGAGGCCUUCAGGCAGCGCGACACGCAGCAAAAUGGAACCAUAACCAUCGCCUUUGAGGACUUCCUGAGCGUGGCCAUUGGCUGUUCCUACUAAAUGGAAUUCCUGUGACUUUUACACUCAAGAAGCACGCCGCACACAUUCAGCCUUUAUAGAUGCAAAUUGUAUUCCGUUUAAUUUUUGGUGCAUUUCGUUUAAAUUUAUGGUGUAUGUUUACGUCCUGUUAAUCCCAAUCUCGCCAAUCACAUUGUAAUCUCUCCUGAAAAACAUCGAGUAUUGUUAAUGCAGUUUGACACUCAUAUUAAGUACAAAGAAAAUAAAUAUAAUAAA